AGCUCUGGCCGAAUUAUAUGUUUAUUAUAAAAUGUACUAAGUUUUGUAGUUUAGAGUGGUAUUGCUCGAAUCGAAACAGUGUUGAGAGUACUGUGUAAUGCAACCCUGAUCUAUGUCGUACCUGCUAACGAUCACCCACCCACCUUUUCAGAGGUUAAACAAAGACGGCACAUUAAUAAAAUAGAAAGAGGAGAGAUUUUACAUACCGUCGGAACAUAUGAUUUGGAAACAUUUUCUCCUUAAAGAUGAUCAUAAUUAAAUGUAUUUUAAUUAUUUUGAUCAUUCCAAUUAAUCAUGCUGAUAUUGUACAACAACAACUCAAUCCCUUUACACCGGUCUGGCAGCCACCACCUCCACCUCCUUGCCCAGACGAAUUGCCUUUGCCUCAUCUCCCUCAACUUCAAAUGAGACAUAUAUCUCCACCACAGUACGAUGUCGUGGGAAUUGCUAAACCAUUGAGAAAUUCCACUGAUAUCAAUUUUAUGUUGCCUUUUCUGGAUAUCGAUAUUCAGAUUGAACGCAGUAUACAUGUUAUGCAAAACAGCAAUGAGGGGCAAAGGGAAAUAUUUAUUCUACAUGGUCAUGAAUUGUUUCAGAUGUUCCUAGGGCACAAAGAGAAACGUCUAAGUCUAAUGGCCUAUUUGGAGGGAAGUGUAAAAAUCAUGGAACCAUUAACGGCAGAGAGGUAUCGUUCUGUAUCGGAUUUGUCUGUAAAAAGAGGGUACCUCAUGGGAUAA